AUGUGUCCAAGCCGACUGCACAGGCAGCUCUUUCUAUCACGCCGUGCUUCACCAAUUCUCCUUUCGACCCAACUUGUGGUCACAAUCUGGAAAUUUGAAACUGGCCAACCUUCCAAAAACACAGUGAAAUUUAAUAUGGAAGGCUCUUAUGGUGCACCUGAAUCCGUUCAAAAGAGAUUUGCUCUGCCUGUAGAUUCUGAACACAAAGCCACUGAAUUCAGAUUAUUUUCAGUGGCUGCUCCUCAUAUGCGGGCGUUUCAUCUGUCAUGGGUUUCUUUCUUCGCCUGUUUCGUCUCCACUUUUGCUGCUCCGCCCCUCCUUCCAAUCAUUCGUGAUGAUCUUGAUUUGACGGCCACAGACAUUGGAAAUGCUGGAAUUGCAGCAGUUUCAGGCGCAGUUUUUGCUCGAGUUGUCAUGGGAACAGCUUGUGACUUAGUCGGUCCUCGACUAGCUUCGGCUGCACUCAUCCUUAUAACUGCACCAGCAGUUUACUGUACUGCUAUUGCCAAUUCUGCCGCCUCGUUUCUUUUAGUCCGAUUUUUCACUGGUUUCUCCAUCGCAACAUUUGUCUCGACUCAGUUCUGGAUGAGCUCCUUGUUCUCUUCUAAGGUCGUUGGAACUGCAAAUGGCGUUGCAGGCGGGUGGGGAAAUCUUGGAGGUGGUGCAACACAACUGAUCAUGCCUCUCGUCUUUAGCCUUAUCCAAAAUAUUGGUGCAACUAAGUUCACAGCUUGGAGAAUAGCAUUUUUCAUCCCUGCCCUGUUUCAAACUCUAUCAGCAUAUGCCAUUUUCUUCCUUGGUCAAGAUUUGCCCGAUGGAAACUACUCACAACUGCAUAAAUCCGGAGAUAAACACAAGGAUAGUUUCUCACAGAUUUUCCGUCACGCCGUUACAAAUUACAGAGGGUGGAUCUUGGCUUUAACUUACGGUUAUUGUUUCGGGGUUGAACUUACAAUAGAUAAUAUAAUUGCACAGUAUUUUUAUGAUAGGUUCAAUGUGAACCUUCAUACAGCUGGAAUUAUUGCAGCCAGUUUUGGAUUGUCAAAUAUAUUCUCAAGACCAGGAGGAGGGAUUCUAUCAGAUAUUAUGGCAAAGAGGUAUGGAAUGAGGGGAAGGCUAUGGGCACUGUGGAUAUUGCAGACAUUGGGUGGCAUUUUCUGCAUUCUUUUAGGCAGAGUAGGAUCUUUGAGUGUGUCGAUUGCUGUAAUGAUUAUAUUUUCCGUCUUUGUUCAAGCUGCGUGUGGCCUUACUUUCGGGAUAGUUCCUUUCGUUUCAAGAAGGUCUUUGGGCAUUAUAUCUGGGAUGACGGGUGGAGGUGGAAACGUAGGUGCAGUUCUAACUCAAGUAAUUUUCUUUAGAGGAUCAAGAUACUCGACAGAAACCGGGAUAACACUUAUGGGGGUCAUGAUCUUAUGCUGCACCCUCGCAAUCAUGCUGAUAUACUUCCCCCAGUGGGGUGGAAUGUUUUGUGGUCCAUCUUCUAAAGGUACAACAGAAGAAGACUACUACAUGGGUGAAUGGGAUUCAGCAGAGAAAGAGAGAGGUAUUCACAUGGCAAGCAUGAAAUUCUCCGAAAACAGCAGAAGUGAAAGAGGCAAAAAGGUUGAAUCUGCACCCACACCCGCCAAUGGGACUCCAAAUACAUACGUGUGA